AUAAACAAACAUUUAAUAACAUGUCAUGUUCUGGCUCUGCUGAGAUCAUAUGUCCUCUAAAGUAGUACAUAAUUAAAACGCAAUAUGGGUUGAUUCGUCAUCUCCCUUAUAAUAUAAAUUCUGUAUAUAAUUAAAUAUAAAAACAAAAAUUUCGUGAUGCUGUCUUUAAAGUAUUUUUUAUUUAUUUCAUACGCUGUUUGCAUAACUGAUUUUGCAUUUUCACAAAGUACUGCUGAUGAUCAUGCAAAAGAUUUGCGUAAAAGUUCUGUUGUAAAUAAAAGCAGUUUGAAUGAAAUAUUUUCAAACAAUUUACCUUCAUCAAACAGUAGUACUUCAAGUCCUCAUCCAGAGCCUGCAAAUGAAACCGACGCGGUUAAUCAAACGACGAGUCUUACGACAUCCACUACAGCCUCUCUUGAUGCUGUUCUUCCUCAAAAAGGAUCAGCAGAGGAAGAACAUCAUUCCAGUAUGGCCAUCUUUUUUGUAUUAAUAGUUAUGGCAUUAUGCAUCUUAUUAAUUCACAUCCUGAUACAAACCAACUUUCAAUACUUACCUGAAAGUGUUUCAGUCGUAUUUUUAGGUGCUCUGAUUGGUUUGGUUUUAAAGCUGUUUUCUAAUAACAACUUAGGAAACUGGCAGAAAGAAGAAGCUUUUAACCCUACUACAUUUUUCCUUGUGCUUCUGCCUCCUAUUAUGUAUGAAUCUGGUUAUAAUUUACAUAAAGGAAAUUUUUUUCAAAACAUUGGCUCUAUCUUAGUUUUUGCAAUUUUUGGAACAGCUAUAUCUGCUUUUAUUAUUGGAGGUGGAGUUUAUUUAUUAGGGAUAGCAGAUGUUGCUUAUAAACUAGAUUUCACGGAAAGCUUCGCAUUUGGAUCUCUGGUUUCAGCUGUGGAUCCCGUAGCUACUAUAGCGAUUUUUCAUGCUUUAGAUGUUGAGCCUGUUCUCAACAUGUUAGUUCUGGGAGAAAGUAUAUUAAAUGAUGCUGUAUCCAUUGUUCUGGCUACGACAAUUCUUCAAGCUUCAUCUCCAGGAAUGGCUAGCAUGUCAGCAGGAGCUGCUGUUUUACAUGGAAUUGGUCGAUUUUUUUUAAUGUUUUUUGCCUCUGCAGCUAUUGGUGUCGUUUUUGCUUUAACUGCAGCUUUAUUAUUUAAGUAUGUUGAUCUCAGAAAAAAUCCAUCCUUAGAAUUUGCUAUGAUAUUAGUGUUUACUUAUGCACCUUAUGGCUUGGCGGAAGGACUGCACCUAUCUGGUAUCAUGUCCAUAUUGUUUAAUGGUGUUGUGAUGUCUCAUUAUACCCAUUUUAAUCUCUCACCUGUUACACAAAUCACCAUGCAACAAACGCUCAGGACUUUAGCCUUUUUUGCAGAAACUUGUGUUUUUGCAUAUCUUGGCCUAGCAAUUUUCAGCUUUCGCUUAAUUAUAAAACCAUCUCUAGUAAUUUGGAGUAUUAUUUUAUGUUUGUUGGGAAGAGCUCUGAAUAUAUAUCCUUUGAGUUACGUGGUGAAUCAUUUUAGAGAACACAAGAUUAAUAAGAAAAUGAUGUUCAUCAUGUGGUUCAGCGGCUUAAGAGGAGCCAUCUCUUAUGCUUUAGCUCUGCAUUUAGAAUUUGAAGAUGAAAAAAGGCAUGUAAUUGUGACAACAACGUUGAUUAUUGUCUUAUUUACUACCUUGGUGCUAGGUGGAUCUACUAUGCCUUUGAUGAAGAAGCUACAAUUUUUGAAAGCUGGUAAAAAACCUAGAAGGAAGAGGAAAGGUCAAGAUCCUGAAAUAUCCCUCAGCAAAACCAAAGAAAUGGGAAAAACUAUUGAUGCUGAACAUUUGUCAGAAUUAACUGAAGAAGAAUAUGAAGUGAAUUUCAUGAAAAGUAAUCUCAAAGGUUUUGUUAAAUUAGAUGUGAAAUAUUUAAUUCCCUUCUUCACCAGAAGGUUUACUCACCAGGAGGUAAAAGAUUGUAAAAGCCAAAUGACUGAUUUAACAAAUCAGUGGUACCAAGCGAUACGAGGACCUUCAGAGACUGAUGAAAUGUCUGAUGACGAAGUAGAAAUGUGAUAAACUAUUAUUCUUUUGCCAAACUAGUGUUUGUUAACAUAAGUAUGAUGCAUGUAGAAUGAUUUAAAACACUCUAAAAGUUGUGAUGUAUUUCUGAAAUAUUUUGAAAUCGAUAUUUUAAAGAUAUUUCAUACAAUUUCUAUUCGUAAUUUUGAAUACUUGAUUGAUGUAGGUGUUGUUAAUAAAUGCUUGUAAAUUUUAAAACUAAAAAAGUUAUAUUU